GUUCUUUGACCCAUCAACUGCCAGUUGUCAUACGUGAUCAUGUUUACAAGAAUCUUUUAUUUACACACUGCUCCAUACAGACUGUACACUGCCAUGCAGUUCUGCAGCCUUCAUCACUGUGUCCUGGUCUUCCUCAUCCUCACAUUCACCACUGCUCCUGUAUCAGCUCUUGAGGUUUGUCCUACACGAGGGAAGCUUCAUCAGUCAGUGACGCUCUCAUGUAAACAUCAAUGUUCUGGUUUAUUGAAAUGGAACUUACUUAGUAAUCGAGAUGUUGUCCUGGCUGAGUGUGAUCGGACAUCAUGCAGGUCAAAGGAGGGAUUUAACAUCUCUCAUGAUCAGUACCUGGAUGGAGAUCUCUCUCUCACCAUCACUGCAGCUGAUUACAGUCAGAGGAACGUGUACGCAUGUGAAUGUAAAGACUCAGACUUCUCUUAUGUUCGCCUCGUUAUAGAGACUGUGUUCUCACCAGUUCAGAUGGAGUCUGGUGAAGAUCUGAAGCUGCAUGUGUCUGUACCAGAACCAGUGGAGGUGAUUUAUAAAAGCAGUGGUUCAGCUGAUGAAGUGAUCUGCAGGGUGAAUAAUCGCUCACUGCAGUGUAAAGAUAAAUACAGAGACAGAACAUCACUCACUUACCCUGAGCUCACACUGAGACACAUGGAGCCGAGGGAUAGUGGACGUUACACCAUCCGGGACACAAAGAAUGAGGAAGACAUUCAGAUAUACGCCGUCUCUGUGGAAGCUCUGUAACUAGCCGAGUCUCUGCUGUAACCGUCCUUUAGCCGCCUUGCAUUCUGGGACUUUGAGUCCAGCGCUCCCUCCAGCGGCUCCACUCUGUCUACACAGACUCAUUAAUACGACUCUGAACAUGGCUGGAAGAUCAAACGUGUGUUAGAAAAGAAAGGUGUUCUAGUGACUGUAUGAGAGAAGAGUGGAAGCUGAGUUUUUAUUUCCAUUCUUUCCACAUUAAAGUCCACUGGAACUGUGCAGCAAUCACAUUAACAGUGUCUCCCUGUGACAUCAGAGCAACAGACACGCCUGAACUUCUCAACACAACAACCAACAGCAGCAGAACUCUGAACUCUUCAAUUCUAAACCCCUCACAUCAAAUACAUGGGAUUAAAUACACAGUUAUUCUGUGAAGGGCUUAAUAAAUGUACAUUCUGAAUGUUUAUGGAGCUUCAGUUUGUGCACAGGGACGCAGUUACUCAGUUUA